AUGGUAGGUGUAUUGGUGGGCCCCUGCCGGCUUAAGAGACAUCUAAGCAAUAUGGAAGUGCAAGAAAACACUGAAUGCAGAUUCUGCCAAGGAGAGGAGAAAUCAGCCAUACACAUAUUAUUUCCCCCGGAACAGUUAAGUGUUUUGGACGAAAGCGGACAGCAUAUCCCCAACUACCAGCUGGGACCUUACAAUGAAGGAUCGUCCAUUAAUAUCACUUGCGUCGCCACUGGAGGCCGGCCUCCUCCAAAAGUAACGUGGUGGCAGGAAAACGCCCUUCUCGACGACUCCUUCGAGUUUUUAUCUGAACGCCGCGUGCGUAACGUGCUGCAUUUGGAGAAGUUAGAAAGAAAACAUUUAGGUGCGGUUUUUACGUGUCAAGCUUCCAACAACAAUCUCGUUACUCCGAUUUCAAGUGCCGUCACACUAGAUAUUAAUCUUCGUCCACUGUGGGUAAAACUGGUAGGGGAAAAUAGGCCCCUGUCUGCAGAGAACACUUAUGAACUUACCUGCGAAGUAGUUGGUUCUCGUCCAAAACCAACUAUUACUUGGUGGAAGGGCAGUACGCAAAUGAAAAAUACCAGAGAAACAACGAGUCCUGACGGAAAUGUGACAACGAGUAUACUGACAUUCGUCCCUACUGUAGACGAUGGUGGAAAAUAUUUAUCAUGCAGAGGACAACAACCUCAAAUACCAGAUAGUGGAAUGGAAGAUGGCUGGAAAUUAGAUAUACAUCACGUUCCUUUGGUGUCCUUAGAACUAGGAAGACCUUUGAACGGCAGCACUAUCAAAGAGGGAGUCGACGUUUAUUUCGAAUGCAACAUCAAAUCAAAUCCCUGGGUCUACAAAGUUAGCUGGAGACAUAACGGGAAACAACUGUAUAACAAUGUACAAGCUGGAACAGUAGUCACCAAUCAAAGUCUUGUUCUACAAUCCAUCACAACCGCCCGAUCAGGUCACUAUACAUGUGUUGGCCACAAUCAAGAAGGGGAUGGUGAAAGUAAUCCCGUUCAGCUUGACGUAAAAUUUAUUCCUACAUGCCGUCCUGGGCAAAUGAAAGUUUACGGAGUAGCGCGCCAUGAAACAGUGAAAAUCGCAUGCGAAGUGGAAGCCAACCCAACGGACACCGAGUUUACUUGGAAGUUUAAUAAUUCCGGUGAUACUUUCGACAUUCCGACCACACAGAUUCAUAGCGAAAAUGGACGCAGUAUCGUCAACUACAAGCCUAUAACGGAAUCGGACUAUGGUACAAUUUUAUGUUGGGCGAAAAAUGAAAUCGGAAUGCAGAAAGAGGCUUGUGUUUAUUACAUUACUCCGGCAGAUAACCCAGAUCCACUUUCCAAUUGCACCAUACUGAACCAAACGGUGGAGUCGCUUUACGUCGAAUGUUUGGAGGGUUUCGACGGAGGUCUGCAGCAAGAAUUCAUAAUGGAAGUUUACGACACUCAAUGGCGCAAACUAGUGAGCAACGUGACGUCACGAAGUCCCAUUUUUACCGUUACCGGCCUGGAAUCGGGCGUCGGUUUCGACAUCGGACUUUACGCGGCUAAUAAGAAAGGCCGAAGCGGAGUCACGCAUCUGGCUGCGUUUACCCUCAAGUCGGCAGAGAAACAUACCGCUUCAACACCUGUUCUUCUCCAAAUCACGCCCUUGCUCGGAGCCGUCAUAGGAGUAGUUGCUGCUCUGAUAUUGGUUGCAAUUAUCAUCGUCAUUGUCAUAAGGCUUAAAGGUGGAGGUGACAGAGACGAUAAGGAUUAUGACGACGGCGGUUUGUCUUCGUCGGGCAGAAGAUGUGUGGCCGGGAACAACAGCGAUAAAGCGAGCACAGAACCUUUGAACAAAACUCUAAACGACAGCGUAGACAGUUUGGAAGAGAAAAACCCUGACAUUAUCCCCCAAAACAAUGCGGACGAAGAAUACCAGGAUGAGGAGCGGGCGUUCGAAAGACUAAACAACACACCGUCGUUAAGAAUUUACAGCCGAAUGCAAAGCCCCAAUUUGAACAGUCAAGCGAAGAACGGAAGCUAUGGGAAAAUGGCAAACGCCGAAAUAACCUAUGCUGAAUUGUCUCUAAACCCUCAACAGAUGCAACCUCAUGUCAUCUACAAUCAACAAUCCAUUCCAAUGAAUGUAAUAAGGAGACAAGAACCAACGGUAUAUGCGCAGAUCGAUAUGCAAAGAUUGCCUUCCGCACGUAUGCAACCUCUUAGUCCUCCGCAUCCGGGCUCGUUCCAGACAUUACAUCACCCACAUCUGCCAGCUUAUAUGUCGAGGCCCAUAAGGGACGACCAAAUGCUGCAAGAAGGUUCCAUAAGUUCGGAAACACCUUUGUUGGCAUCUAGGGAAAAUAGUAAUCUUCAAGUUUUAAAAGAGAUGAAUUGUUCCCGAACACCAACCGUUACCUCAACUUUGCCCCGAACCGUAACGGCAACCAGAUUUUGACCUAGUUAAGUCCGCAUUUCUUCCGACCUCGUAUAUUUAUAGAUUAAUACAAACUCAUAUUUAAUUAUAAUAAUUAAUCAGUGAGUGUUUUUAUGGUUUUUAUAAAACAAAACGUUUAUUUCGUUGUUUAAUGACAGGGUAUUUUAGCCAGUGUUUAAUAUUUGACGCAACGGGGUUAAACUUUAACCGAAUCAAAAAUGUAAAACGAUUCAAUUGAACAUUGAGAUUCGUCUGAUAAACAAUACAAAAAGCGUUAAUAGUAAAAAAGAUGUUUGGCAUAUGGCGUUGUGACAAAGUCGGCGAAUGUGUUAAUAGAUAUACCGUAGGAAAACAAAGUAUUACGAAAUAAGAAAAAUUGUAUUUUAAAAAUAAAUCAGAUAAUCGUUUAACUUCCUUGCACUUAGCAGCUCAAUUAUGAUAUUCGGCUACAUACUUACUAACAACAUAAUAUUUUCACCGCUAUAUGAUAAAAAUCUGUGGUUGUUAAAAUUUUUAAACAUUGCGGAAGUUUGGUGGAUUAUGAUUUGAAUACCGAUGAUACAUUGGGUAUAAGUAGGUAACGAUGGGAUACCAAAAGUUUUACUUUCCACACUAGUGCAAAAAUGGAUAUCUCACUGUCUUCCCCCACAAAGUUAUUAAACUAACCAAACAAAUAAAAUAUUUUUAUGAGGACAUAUGUGUUUUGGUUAAUUUCAGCGUUUUAAGGCCUUGCAAGAGAUUAUAGUUUUUAAAAUCGAAACACAUACAGGUCAAUUCAAUGUGCAGUAAAUAUAAAUUGUUCAAAAAAUGAAAAUAAAAAUUUCAUAGAAAAAAAUUAUAAAACGUAAUUUAUUUUAAACUAAACUUAACGGCAGAUUGACUAUGCAAAUCCAACAUCGGCAUAGACAGUCUAGGCAAAAUAGACACGAUUGCAAAAAUGGGGGUUCUCCGUUUUGAAUUUUUAUUUUUUAUUUUUGAAGGACCUGUUUCAAUAGUUAACAAAAUUGCCAAUAUAAUUUCUCAACAAUUCUUUCUAGACAACAAAACUUACACAAGUGGAAUUAUAAAUUUUUUAAAUUAGAAAAAAUAUACUGGAAAAUUUUUUUAGGGCCUGCAAAUGACAUUUUUGACAGAAAAUUAUUAUCUUUUUUCCACAGUAUUAAAAAAAUGCCAAAUUGAUCCGACGCUCGGUCCCGGA